GGCGCUGUGUGAUUUCACGCGGGUUCCCCGCUGACAGGGCCGUUGUGUGAGGAGGGGGAGGAAUGAUGGCGUCGCCGGCUCCCUCCACGGAUAGCAUGGAGGUGCUGCAGGGAGACGGGGCUCCCGACAACGAGGCUGAGAGCAUGGCAAACGUUUCCGGUGAUGAGAUGAAGAUGUCUGAGAAAAUGUCUUGUGCUGUGCCGCGUCCCCGCUUUGACGUCUCGCUCUUCCACUUAACACGAAAAUUUAUGGACAUCAUUAAAUCUGCCCCAGAGGGCGUCAUGGACCUAAAUGACGUCGCCAAGCAGCUGGGGGUGAGAAAGAGAAGAGUGUACGACAUCACCAACGUUUUAGAUGGGAUCCAACUCAUCCAGAAGAGAUCCAAGAACCUCGUCCAGUGGGUGGGGACAGACCUGAAUCUGUCGGGCACAGAGAUCUCGCAACAACAGCGGAUACGCAGUGAUAUCAGCGAUCUGUCAGCGAUGGAGGAAGCACUGGAUGAACUAAUCCUGGAUUGUGCUCACCAGUUAUUCCGACUCGCAGAUGAUGGGGUGAACAAGAAAUAUCCUUUUUAUUUUUAUGUGCUGUAUACACAGUUACUCAUUUCCAUCUCCUUAACCUGGAGAACAUUUGCAUAUGUAACGUAUCAAGAUCUCCACAGUAUGGAAGAUUACCACGAGCAGAUAGUUAUGGCUGUGAAAGCUCCUGAAGAAACCAGGCUGGAGGUGCCGGCUCCAAAUGAGAACUGCAUUGAAAUCCAUAUCAAGAGUACAAAAGGGCCGAUUGAUGUCUUCCUAUGUGAAUUAGAGCAUGAAAAUGUGGACAAGAACUCUUUUGAGAAUUUGACAAAAGCCGUUAAGAUGGAGCCUGAACCAGUUCCUAUAGAUGGAGUACUGAAGACAUUGAAGGCCAAAGUGGCAAAAAUGCAGAAGGAGCACCGCCAGGAUAUGCGGGCUAUUCAGGAGCGCAUGAAGGCCAUGGAGGAGAGGCAACACCAGGCCUUGAAGGGGGUGCAGGAGAUGAUCCUGCUAUUGGAAAAACUGAUAUAUGACGGCAUCUGAUGCGACUGUUUACCAGUGCACGUUACACAGACUUUUUGGAAGAGAUUCUUGGAUUCGCUGGCCAGUUAUCUGCACAGCCCAAACCAUCCGGGUUUUGGUUUUUAUGGCUGCAGGAAGAGCCAGGAAAUGACUUUUAUUUUCUGUUUCAUCAAAGAAGAUCUAACCCUUUUUCUUGCAGGAAAUCAAGACCUAUGCGGUAUGUGACUGGAACGCCACAUCUUCAGGGCGCUAUACUGGCUGCGGGACGUCCUCGUUCUUUACUCUCAGACAUAAAACUGUUUUGUGGAAUUUUUUUUAUUUAUUUUUUCCUCUCUCCAGACAUUGCGGCUGAUAAGAGCUUCAUAGUCGGGAAUCACUUGUGCUGACACAAGGGUCAGACAUACCUGCUGCAAGAUCAUAUGACAAGAGGUCUCCUGUCUCCACAACCAUGAAAAAUGGACGUUCUGCAAAGAAAUUAUACAUAUUAAGAUGUCAGGAUAAUUGCACUGGACAGAUGGGGUUAAUUAUAUGUUACAUAUACCACAGCGAUUAAUCACUUGGGCUUUUAUAUAUUUAUCCAUCUGUCAUUUUCUUUAUAUCUAUAAUAAACUGCUUUAUAUAUCUGUA